AUGAAAAGAACAUUGGUUGACUUAAAGUAUAGUUUAGCGAACAGAUCAAAAGCAGAAGUCAAAUUACUGAAGUCAAACAAAAUACUGAAGAAUUCAGCUAAAAAUGCAGAAACAGGUAUGAAAGCAAUGGAAAAAUGUUUACAAAAUGAAAAAAUACGGAUCAGAUAUAUUACUAAUAUAACAUGGAUGGAAAAGAAAAGAACAAUAGAGAAAUGUAAAUAUUGGGAAAACAUUGCACAAAAAACAAGAUACCUAAAUGAUCAUUUACAAGCAAAACAUGAGACUGAAGUAAGACUAUUGAAAGAGCAGGUACUUAAUAUGAGACAAGAACAAAAGGCAAACAAACAUGAAAUAAAUGAAACUAAAGAUGAGUUGCAUUUCUUGUUGGAUAAUUUAAAUGAAAAAAAACUGGUAGACUUGACUGUACCGGCACCUAAUGGGAAAUAUACAUUUUCAACAGAUACUAAUUUAUGCAUCAUGGAAUUGUUGAAUGCAAAUGUCGCUUUUGAGAAUGUAUCUUCUGUCAUUUCAAGUGUCAUGAAACUAUGUAAUGUUGACAGUAGAAAUAACAUUUUUCCAAAGAAAGACUAUGUCUCAACAAUCAGUUCAACACGACUGUUUGUAAGUCAGGCUCAUGCAGCAAUUGUAUGCUCGGAACAGGAAAACCAGACAUUAUAUACUGAUGAAACAAAGAAGAAUGGGCAACCAUAUGGGGUUUUCGUUACAAAAAAUGAGGACAAGAAGCCUCUUCUUUUAGGGUUACGUCAAAUGUCAAACAAGGCUGCUCAAACACAACUAGAUGUAUUUAAGCAAAUUUUAGAUGAGAAAAACGGUGUAUAUCUGGAAUUCAAAACAUACUUACAACGUCAACAAAUCAAUAAAUAUGAAAUCAAACCUUUCCUUGGAAACCGCUUUAAUGUUGUAUUCCACAAUGCUGGAGCAAUUUAUCACUUAAGAAGUCAUAUCAUACAUUUCUUCAAAAAUGUUAAAGGCGAAGGAACACCAGGCAAGCUAAAUCAGCUACUAAAAGCUGUACUCUCUUGUUUACAGAAUGACACGAUAAUGGUAGGAUGUCGGGCUCUUGGUCUAUUCAAUAAAUUUAUUACCUCCCCAUUGUGGAAAAUACUUGAAGGCGAUAUACAUAUAUUGCAAAUGAACCAGAAAUACCAACAUUUAGUUCAAUUUCUGGAAGAUAUUUCAACUCAUGUUGAGAAAAUUAAAUUGUUCAUGACAGGAGAACUCAUACCAUUUCCAUCUGUUGAUGUAAAAAAGGGUGACAUUUGGGCAUCUCUUGUUAGCAAUCACAAUGAUGAGCAAUGCGCUGCCUUUUUGAUACAGAUGUGUUCUGCUACUAGCAAGGCUUUAUCACAAAAAGUAAAAGAUCAUUUAGAAGAUGGCCAACAUACACAAUAUAGUAUCGAUCACAGCAAAACUUUCAAUUCUGUUUUGCCCCACAAUAAACUACCUGAAUUUAUUUUUGGACAUUUAGAUUGGAUAAUUAAACACAGACCCAACGCAUCUCGCCUAGCAAAUGAGGCCCACAUAGUUUACAAUGUAAAUAAAACUGGUGCAUGGCUAAAUCAGCAGACAGAACAAAAUGUACAGGAACUUAUUAACAAAUCAAAAUUAAAAAUUAAAGAUAUUAAAAUUACUGAAAAACAAAGACUGCUGGAUUUGAAAAAUGAACUUGAAAGAAUAAGUCGAGAGAAAGAAGAGAAAGCAAAAAGGAUACUGAUAAAGAAGUGUAAUGAAAAAAAGAAACUUGUAGAACACAUUCUAAAAUUAGGACUUUGGGACAAUGCACGAAAGGUCGACCAGGAAUUGACAAAUGUUAAAUUUAUAAAGAACAAAAGAGAGGUUUUAAAAACUCAAAUAAAAUUUAGGCAACUUGUUUUAGAACAACCUGGUGAAAAAACUUUGUUCCAAGUUUCUCAGGUGAACAAAAAGCAAGUCACAAUUUCUCAGUUGGCAAAAAACCUGAAAACCUUGAUUAAAAAACUAGGUAAUGCAGCAGUUCCUACUCAGAUCUUGGAACAUACUACCGCUGAGGAUUUACAUGAUUUUGGUAAAUCAUUUCUGUUCAUAAAAAUAAAGUUUUCGAAAAGUUUAGAAUAA